AUGAGCUCCGGUAACCCAAUACCUCCCAUCUACUACACCCCCAACCCUCAAUCCCAUCCCGAUACCGCCUGCUCCCCCGCCACAGAACCACCCUCAGGCUCAGAACAGACCAGCUCCGCCACCGCCAGCAGGAGCAACCUCUCCCGAUCGACCACCAUCCUAGGUGGUGAGAAUGACUUCAAAACUGCUGCCGCCGCUGUUGCUAAGCAGCCGUCACAGCAGCAGCAGGAAGGGCUGAUUCCGUGGCACGAGCAGGAGGUGACCAAUGAGUUGGAGGGCUGGGAGAGGGAGCAUGGCAAGGGUUGGGGGGAGGGGCGAGGGGAGCCGAUGGAUGUUGAUGGGCGAAAACCGCCUCAGGGGCAGGCGUGGGUUGCGGGGGACGGGGGAGGAGGGGGCCAGCAUUUUCAACAGAGGAUGGGCUAUGGCGGUUGGCAAGGGCAGCAGCAGCAGCAGCAGCAGCAGCAGCAACCUGUGAUGGGGGUUCAUCAGGCUUCUUGUAGUACGGGUUGGUAUGGACAGGAGCAGCAGCAGAUUUGGCCGCAGUGUCAUAACUCGGCUUAUCAACAUCAACAGCCGCAUCUACAUCCGCAGGUUCUUCGGCAGCAGCGAGCGCAGUUCACUCCGCCACAGCAUCCCCAACUUCACCAGCAACCUUUCCAGCAACAACAACCCUUCCACAACGCCCACCGACUUUCCCAUUCUCGACAGCCCGCCGCUCCACAUUCUCAUCACCAACACACUCACGCCCUAUACCCUCAGCAGCUUCAGCAAUCCUAUGCCAUCCAUCACCCCCAAUCUCAACAACCCCUCCCCCUCCUAGCCCUCCUCCAACAACUCGCCGACAAUGCCCUCAACAUCGUCGACCAAGCCGAGUCGCAAGGGAAUGAUUCCGACUCUGAGGCCAACAACGGGCCCAGCUCGGGGGUGAGGAAAAUACAGGUCGUCCUUUCGCCCAACAAUAGCAACCCCCCUCAAAUCGCAACCCGAUACCCAGACUCCGAUACAGAAGAUAACUUUUCUUACGACCCGUACGACCCCUACUGUCCUUACGGCGAUGAAGACGGAGACGACUGGAAGGAAGCCAAACAAGUGCGGUCGCAGGAGGGGAGAAGGAAGUUAAGAAAGAAGGUAGGUGCUAUGUAUGUCGUAGUUGUAGAUAACAGGAGGAAAGAUCAGGAUCAGAGGAAGAAGAGGAGGAGAAAACUUGAAGCGACGGAGGAGGAAGAUCAAGAUGAGGAUUGGAGGGAGCGAAGAACUGGGGGCUACCAGAGGGGGAAGGGGAAGAAAGGACGGGGAAAGGGUAACUGGCACGGGGAGAGGGCGAGAAACACGCGCCCAGGGUGA